AUGCCUCCCAUUCCUCUCCAGAUCGCGUACAAGCGCGUCAAACAACCCACCGUUGGUGAAAACGGCUAUGUGGGCUUCCAACCCGGCAAAACAGAAGUCUUACCCAAAGGCUGGAAUGGCUUCAACGCCAAACCUCUCAAAAGCGACAUUAUGGUCGAGCAUGAUGUUGAAAUCGUGGUCCGCGACGGUGCAAGACUCUACAUCGACAUUUAUCGACCGGCAAACUCAACGGAGAAAGUACCCGCCAUUCUUAGUUGGUCAUUCUACGGAAAGAAAUACAGUGCCCUGGAGAUGCUUCCUAUGACUGUGUGGAACUGCUGCGUCCCGCGUGAAGACCUUAGUGGUAUCGAGAAGUUUGAGGGUCUCGAUCCGCAGACUUGGUGCCCGCGGGGGUAUGCGAUCAUUAGUGUCGAUACACGAGGUGCGGGACAUAGUGAUGGUCAGAUCGGUGUUAUGGGUACCCAAGAUGCGGAGGAUGGAUAUGAUGUGGUUGAAGCGGUAGCAAAGAUGGACUGGUGCAAUGGUCACAUUGGAAUGGCCGGUAAUUCGGCAUUGGCUAUCUCUCAAUGGUUCAUCGCGUCUCAGCAGCCACCGUCGCUAAAGGCCAUUGCUCCCUGGGAAGGAUCUGGAGAUAUUUACCGAGAACAGUUCUGCCGUGGUGGUUGGUUCUUCAUGAGUAAUUUCGAUCUGAUUGCAAACGCUAUUGUUCGCGGACAGGUGAACUCAGGGUUGGAGGACUUUGAGGAAAUGUACCGUCGUUCUAAUCUGUCGAAUGCGUUCUGGGAAGAUAAACGUGCCGAUAUGACAAAGAUCCAGUGCCCAGUCUAUAUCCGAGGAAGCGAUGUCUCAUCUAUCCACACAAUGGGAAGUGUUCGUGCAUGGCUGGAACUACCCCACGACAACAAAUGGAUUCGUUGGGGGAGCAAACAGGAAUGGUAUGAGCUAUACAGUGAGCCCGAGUCCGAAAAAGAGCUCUUCUUGUUCUUUGAUCGUUACUUGCGCGGUGAGGAAGGGAACGGUUGGGAGAAGACUCCCAAAGUACGCUGGUCGGCACUUCGAUUCGGUGACCGUGCGGCUAUCGACGAUAUCAUCCUUAAGGAUUUUCCGGCUCCUAACACUGAGUACCGCAAACUGUAUCUUGCAAAAGAUGGCCUUUUGAAGACAGAUGCUCCAUCUAAUGCCGACGUAGAGACUGUGUCAUACAACUCAGAGCAACGAGAGUCUAUCGCCGAGUUCUCCUAUACUUUCGCCAAAGCGACACAGCUCAUCGGUCUUCCCAAGGCAGUCCUAUAUGUCUCCAAUGAUAAGCAAGAUGACUUCACAGUUUUUGUCAUUCUCCGGAAGCGAGAUCGUAACGGAAAGUUGCUCAUGCAUUUGAACUUCCCUAUUGAGGCAACUCCCGUCAAGUCCAUUGAGGAGAUAUCUGAGAAGGACCAACAAAGCACAAACCUUUACCUGGGCUCAACUGGUAUACUGCGUGCAUCGCAUCGCGCCUAUGACUCUAUCAAGAGCAUCCACCCCCAGUUUCCCUUCCACCCACACACAAAGCAAGACAAAGUGAGGCCAGGAGAGAUUGUGAAAUUGGAGAUUGGCAUAUGGGCUAUGGGUUACGAUUUCGAAGAGGGAGAGACCAUAUCCUUGCAGGUUUCCGGACAGUAUCCCAGUAUUGCAGAGUUCAAGAGCUUUUCGCAGCCCCGGCCGGAGCAUGAGUUGAACAGAGGGCUGCAUACGAUUCAUAUUGGAAAAGACUAUCCAAGUUCAAUUAUUCUUCCCUUUAUUAAGCAAUGA